AAUGCCAUGCACUUCCGGUUUAUUUCAGGAUCGGAGAUUCUUUCGGUUGGUUCCUGGCAUUCCUGCCUGCUCACAGCAUCUGUGUCGUUUAUGGAAGAGAAUGGACCACCUGUCGGCGAAUAAGAAUGAAGAAUGGGCGGGCCACACGGGCUGGUCAGCUGGCCCCCUCUUCACUUCGCUAUCGUGCCCGUCGCCACCGCACUACGGCCACUCGCAGGUGCCCGACGACAGCUUCCCGCACGCCCCGGCAUCCGUGUCCCACGGUCACGUGUCGCCCGCCUCGCUCUUCGCCGGCACCGCUUUUGAGCUGCCGCAGCUGUCGGUCAAGCCCGGAUUGCAGCCGACCGUCAUUCAAACCCAACUGGCCCCUCCCGGCGCGCCACCCACCUGCACCCAACUCCCUUGUGUGACAUUCCCAUGUACAUCGCUCCCUGGCGUGCCACCCGCCUGCGUGACCUCUUCUUCUUUUCAGAGCCAAUAUCGGCUUUCUGAUGCUCACAGCCAAACGUCGUCGGCGCCCCGCGAGUCAUCUCAGUGGAUCGACUCAUCGCUUCCCGCCGCCUUAAAUGACUCCGAUCAUCCCGACGAAAAUGCUGUCGCGCCGACGCCGAUGGUUACAAAACGUUCCGUGCUUUUACAUCAGCGUUCGCUUUUACUCAAACAGCUAUCAGAAUUGGACAAACUGUUGGAAUCAUUGCCGAAAGAGGAGAGUGACGUUUGUGAGGAGUCACCCGAUUCCGCCGCUCAGUCGCCUCUGUCGACGGCGGAUGAAUCUCAGAUGUUUGCUGAUGGCGGAGCUUCCUCUUCAGCAGCGGCAGCAGCAGCAGCAGCAGCCACAGGUUACGAUGGCGAAGGUUGCCGUCAGGUGGAUGAAGGGAAGCGGGCAGAGGAGAGACCCGCGGCCACCGCCGGUCCAAGUGGAGGGGAAUCGGAACUUCAGGAAAAAAGCUUGGCAGAGUCAUCCGAUGGAGCGUCUUCCAAAUCUAUACCGAGCGACGACACCGACGCGUCUGACGCGCCGUCGGAUUUUGGAGACCACGAUACGCCGCGCUCGGACGGAUCCACCCCCGGCCGCAGAGCAUCCCCGCGCCUAAAAAACCCCCGCCUGCAAUCCCUUCGCACAGAGCCGCGGGAAGCUGAGAUCGAAUGGAGCCACUUGAAGAUUGUGAAGGUAAAAAGCUUGGCAAAGUUGUCCGAUGAAGAGUCUUCCAAAUCUAUACCGAGGGACGACACAGACACCUCGUCGGAUUUCGGAGAUGACGAUACGCCGCGUUCGGGCGGAUCCCCUCCCGGGCGCAGAUCGUCCCCGCGCCUAAAAAAACUUCGCUCGCAAUCCCUUCGCUCCGAGCCGCGGGAAGCCGAGACGGAAUGGAGCCGCUUGAAGAAUGUGAAGGUGUGCGCCAUGAAACUAGGGAAGAAGAGCUCCAAGCGAGUUUCUCGCCGGAACUACUGCUUGUUUUGCUCCAAGGCCGUCAUCAAGAUGUACAGGCACCUGCAGUCUCGACACGGCCAAAAGAAGGAAGUGGCCGCCGCUCUCCUCUUACCCAAAGGCUCCCGAGAGAGACAGAAGAUGUGGAACAGACUCAUCAACGAGGGCAACUUUGCACACAACAAGCAGGUAUUGGAGAGCGGCGAGGGGCAGCUGGCGGUGCGAAAGAGACGCCGGACGACGGGCCGGGCGCACGACUUCCUGCAUUGUCUGUACUGCCGGGGUCUGUUUGUGAAGAAGAACCUGACGGUCCACAUGAAGCGCUGCCCGGAACGGCAGAAGAGCCGGGCCGACGGGCCGCGGCUCGGGCAGGAACGCGUGGAGACCCGCUGCGCGCUGGAGGUGGCGGGCGACCUGGGCGUCGGCGCCGGCUUUCGCGCCGUCCUCUCGCAAAUGAUCUACGACGACGCCACGCGCCUCAUCAUCGACGAGCCCGUCUUGCUGCGUUACGGCGAAGACAUGUUGGCGCGAAACGGCGCCGAGAGCAAGGGCCAACAGAUCACGCGGCAGAACCUCCGCCAGAUGGCCCGACUGGUCCUGGAAGCUCGGAAGAAGACGCCGUUGAAAAAGCUGGAGCAUUUCUUCCUCCCCGACAGCUUUCCGCACGUGGUGGCCGCCGUCAACGUCCUCGCCGGGUACGACUCCGCCGGCCGCACUUAUAGCGCCCCCUCUCUCGCCAUUAAGUUGGGCUACUCGCUCCAAAAGGUGUGCCGCAUCGUGCAGGAGAGGGCGCGAGAGCGCGGAGACGCCCGACUGGCCGAUUCCGCCAAGAGCUUCCUGGUCGUCUACAGGAAGCGCUGGACCGAAAUGAUCUCUUCCGGCGCCUUGUCGUCUUUGCGGGAAAUCAAAAGGAAUUCCGCGGCCAAGGCGCCGGACGCCGAGGACGUGAAGAAACUGAGUCGGCACGUGGAGGAAGUCCGCCGCCUCGCCGAGGAGAAACUGCGAGCCCGACCCUCGGCGGAAACGUACGGCGCUUUGGCCCGGGCGCUUCUGGCCCGGAUAGUUUUGUUCAACCAAAGACAAAGCAACGAGAUAUCCGCCUUACCGCUCGCCGCGCUAAAGUCCGUCAAGAAGCCCGACCCGCUUGAGAACUUGGACGUAUUUGCUUGCGAGCUGGAGAGGAACAUGUGCAGGGUCUUCAGCAGGAUGGAAACCCGGGCCAGUUGCGGCCGUUUGGUCCCGGUCCUGCUGAAGCCGACCUUCUCGUCCUCGCUGGAGCUCCUGGUCGACGUUCGCCGGACUUGCGGCGUCCCCGCCCAAAAUCCCUUCCUGUUCGGACGCCCGCACGCGCUUUCGGCCUACCGCGGGUCCGCGUGCCUGCAGGCGUUCGUCAAAGAAUGCGUCGCCGGGCGGGCCGACACGCUGACGUUGAGAAACAUCCGCCGGCACUACGCCGCCACGCUGCCGCUCGUCCACUUGGACCCCACGGAGGCCGAACUCGUCCUGUUAUACGAUAAACGGAUGCCGAGGCCAAACCAGAAUGUCUGCGUGGAGCUCCAAGACAUCGGCAUAAACCCUGAAGAACUAACCUCAGCGAGACUAGAGUGCGGGCAGUCGCGGCCACUGGCGCCGUGGGAGACCGGCGAAUCUUUCCGCGGAUUGUCCGCCACGUCCCGGAAGACGUCCGGCGGGAAAGGUUCGGCCGCUUCCUCCGUCGGCAAACAUAAGUGGAGCGGUGACGAGGUGUCCGCCGUGGAGAGGCACAUGAUGUCCUUCAUCCGAAACCACCGGCUGCCGCAGAAACAGGACUGCGUGCGUUGUCUGGACGCCGAGCCGGGGGCCCUGGGAACGCGGUCUUGGAAGGGUGUCAAGGACUACGUGAGGAACAGGAUCACUGCUCUGAAAAGACAAAGCAAGACCACGUCGUACUCAUGACUAAGCUUGUUUCACAUUCCUAUCCUUUGUUACUAUUCUACUCCUAAAAUACAUUCAGUGAUCAGAGCCGCCUCAAAUAUUUGUCAUUGUGUACUGGUAUGCAUCUUCUUAUUUCAUCCUGCCAUCGCCGUGGAUCGGUCGAGCCGGCUCCGCCCGUUGAGUUGACCGCAUCUGGCACUGAGGCCGAUCCGAUGCCGUUGUAGUCACGAGCGUGCCCUUACGGCCGCUUCCGAGCUUUUUCCCGUCACUUUGCCUCUCUGGACCUUGAUACACCGUUUUUGACUUUUGGGAUUUGUGCCUCAGCCCUUUUUCAGUGACCUGCGACAAGAACCGGACCCUGAACCUUUCCCGCCUGGGCCUUUGCUUUGACUCGAGCUCGAACAACCUUCCGGGCCACACCGAAAGACCAGGCUUCUUUCUCCCUGUCAGGGAAUUUGAUCAAUAAACCUUGCUCUGAGUUCUGCAUUCUCGGGUCCUUUUGUUCCCUGAUUCCUGUCAGAACAAACUUGCCAUUACAUGGACCCAGCAGACUCUUCCCAUCAGCAACCACGGCCAGUUCUUAAGGGAACAUGAGGAGAUCUUGUGUCUUCUGGCCCAGGGUAUGUCUCAACUUUCCCACCCCUCACGUCAGUCUCAUUUCCUGGUUUUCACAGUCUUCUUUGGAGCGCUUUGUGUCGUAUCUUUUGUAUCAUCCUUCGACAUGGAGGGUCGAAGGAUGGGGGAUGCCCAGGACUUGACCUUUAUUUAUUACAUCUGCUGUUUCUGACCCCUUUGAGACAACCUUGUUGUGAUUUAGGGCUAUACAAAUAAAAUUGAAUGGAAUUGAAUCUUUUUCCCCAUCCCCGCAUGUAAGCGGAAGAACCUUAGUUUUUUGUAAAUAAAGUUUUUGUCUUAACUCUGCCACUGAGUCCGCCUCGUCUUCGCGCCUUGACACAAUGAGACGUCGCUACAAUAAUUACAUGACUCCAUCAGAUUCAAACUUGCUGUUUUAGGAUCACGCCAGCCUGUUCAAUCACGUGUCGUCUUUAAAGCACCGUAAAGUAUUUGACACAGACCGCUGCCUUUACCACUUUGACUCAAAAGCGCAGAUUUGAACUUACUUAGGACCGAAUGACCACAGAAAAAACAGAGAUGUGACAGUGGAAAUGGACAGUACUUAUAUAAUUCAUUUAUCUGCACGGUUACCAUGCCCAAAGCGCUUUACCCGUUCACGCACACAUUCGCACACCAAUGGGGCUGCUGCCAUGCAAGGCGCUGUCAACCCAUUGGAGGCAAAUCAGGGUUCAGUGCCUUGCCCAAGGGCACUUCCAAAGUUUCGGUCCAAGGACAGUUCCAGCUACUACCUGUGACACAGCCGCCCCUGAUGUGAUCCUUUUCAUUUCAUAAAAGGAACUGUGAUGGAAUCAGUCACUAUUCAAUCUAGAAACUAUUUUCUCCACUAGAGGGCACUCAUGCUCUUUGGACGAACAAUGCUUCCUUUCUGUAAAUGUUUUUAUUUUUUCCUCGACAGAAUUCACUGUUUUUUUGUAUUUAUUUGGCUUAAUGUGGUUAUGUAAUAGGUUAUACUGUAUUUUUCAGACUAUAAGUUUUUUUUCCAUAGUUUGGCUGGGGGAGCGACUUAGGUGUGAAAUUAUUAACACAUUAUUAUAUCAUUUCACAUGUUUUGGUGUGACACUGAUGGUUUGGUAAAUGUGUUAGCAUGUUCUUUAUGCUAUAGUUAUCUGAAUAAUUCUUAAUAGCUAUGUUACGUUAACAUACCGGCCACGUCCGCAUUUCGUUGUUCAUCCAUCAUGUAACAUUGUCAUACUGUAGACUUAUUCAGCCUGUUGUUUUUAAUUUGCCUUUCAAAAUGACAUAUAUGUUCUAUGUGCUGGAGUUGAUCAAAUUUCCCCCAAAAAUGCGAUUUAUACUCCAGUGUGACUUGUUUUUUUUUGUAUUUUUUAUAACAGUUUACAAAAAAAUACCCCCCCCCAAAAUAACUUUUUUUUUUUUUUAAUCUAACAUUGUAAGCAGUUACUCACAAUGUUACUCAUGACUUGUGUACAUUUUUCUCCACCAAAUCCAUUUUUGACUUGUACUUGAGUGCAUUUUUUGGAUGACUACUUUCACUUGAGUAAUACUAUUUUGAAGUAGCGCUACUCUAACUUGAGUCAAAUUUGAGCUACUCUACCUACCUCUGCCAAUGAGUACACAGAGCCCUGACUUUUAAACUGUCCCUGUGGCAGCGCUGUUUCACGGAGUCGCCGCUUGGCAAAAACCCUUUUCUAGCCCCAUUAAGACUUGCUCCUAACACUAAACAAUCACGUUUUGCGUUGUUUCAGGUGCCCAUUUCAUACCUGUCAACCCGAGACCGUUGGCAGUUUUACAAAUAGUGACAUAUGGCCCUUACAAAUUGGUGACUAAUCUUACGUUUUAUAUAGCAUGCAAUAUGAAAGAAAAAUAAAACUCAAUUUUUCAAAUAUGAAUUUAUUGGUAAUAUUGUAACGUAUAACCUGGAGAAAUCAAAGAACAGUAGCUACAGCAUGAUUACUAAAAAGUGACUUUUGUUAUAAUUGUGUGUGGCACUUUUGGCAAUUUCUAUCAUAUCUUCAUGGCACUUCAGCUCAGUUUGACUUGAAGGUAGUUCGUUGGUGUGUCCAAUUAGAAAUUAAAAAGGUCAAUGAUAAAAUGAACUCACCGGUGCAAUCUUUGAGUCAGGGAACAUUUCUUUAGCGAAUUCUGAGAAGUGAUCAGCAAUAGUUGUGGGCAAAUUGUGUUCGGCAACAAAUUGACAGAAUAAAAUCUCCGCUUUCGUCACUUUUUAUUCUGCGGACUUCAUCUUUGUUUAUUGUUUAUCGUCAUCAUCAUCAGUAUCAUUGACAGUUACAAGAUAGCAUUGUGAUAAGAUUAAUUAACCCGAAGAAAAGACGAGGACAGACGGGAGAA